AUGGGAUCUCUCCAAGAUCAAGUUGUAAUUAUCACUGGGGCCUCAUCGGGAAUAGGGCUAGUCACGGCAAUUGCUGCUCUGAGCGAAGGCGCCCAGGUCCUAGGGGUGGAUAUUUCCUCGCCGCCGACAUCACUCAUUGAGUGUCCAAAGUUUGCCUUCUGCCAGGGAAAUUUGGUUGACCCUUGCACACCACAAAAGGUAGUAUCAGCAUGUAACGAUGCGUUUGGGAGGAGAAUUGACGCGCUCUUGAACAUUGCUGGCGUCAUGGAUCAUAAUCAGAGCGCAGAUUCAGUCGUGGACAGCGUGUGGGAUCGAUGCAUUGCUGUUAACCUCACUGCUCCUGUGAGACUGAUGCGUGAGGUGCUCCCCAUAAUGCGCGAACAGAAGUCUGGCAGUAUUGUGAAUGUUGCCAGCAAGGCUGCGCUGAGUGGCGCAGUCUCUGGUGUGGCGUACACAGCAAGUGUCAGCAACGAUACAGGCAUCCUUAAGGAUCUUGACAUCAACGCAUUCGAUAAGGAUGCCCUGGCUGCCAUGUCGCCAAUACACGCGGCGCAUUCAUCGGACAAGGAGAAAGGAUACGCUAUCACGCCAGAUGACGUUGCUAGUUGUCUGUUGUUCUUGAUUUCUUCAGCUAGUCGGAGAAUCAACGGCGCGGUGAUUCCAAUUGAUAAUGCUUGGUCGACGAUUUGA